CGGGAGAUGAUGGUGUUACAUGUUUGGCUCUUUAACUUGCAUGUGCAUGAGCAUGAGCGGAGAUGGAGAUUAGUCCCUUCUCUCGAGGUAUAUAUUAUUUUUAAUGUCAUUCAUUCUUCUUCAUGAUCCAUGACGUUAGUCUACCCCCGUGGGGUAAAAAGUAAAAAGGGGGUCGAGAGGAAGAAAGGGAAGGUGAUACAAUGGGCAAUGAAAAGAUGUUUCGGUGGGAUUGUAUUGUCUGUGUCAUUCAUCAGGGCUUCGGGAAGUCUGUUUUUGCACGAUGUUCCUUCCUUCUUCCUCGUCAUUCCUUCAUUGAUUGUGAUUCAACUUGUCGUGCUCAAGCUGAUAUUGUGAAUUAAUAGAAGAGGAUCUAAAAGUAAAAAAAAAAAAAAAAAAAAAAAAAAA